GGCCCAAGGUCCAUUACAUCGUUGUCUCUGUCUCCUCUCACUCUCUCUCCAUGGAGCAGGCGGAGAAGGAAACGGUUAGAGCGGCUUCUGAGGGGGUUUCUAGCGAAUUCAAAACCCUUAUCGACGCCGAGGAUUUGGACUCCCUUAAGCAAUUGCAGCACCUUAUACUGGGAAGAUUGCAGGACAGCAAUGCAGUCCUGUCGCAUUUUAAUGAGUAUUCAGAACAUUGCUCUGAUGAGGUUUCAGGGGACUUCUCUAGAAAUACACGCCUUUUGAGGUCAAUGAAGUCGGAUCUUGAUUAUAUAUUUCAGAAACUAAGGAGCAUGAAAUCAAGGAUUUUGGCCACCUAUCCAGAUGCAUUUCCAGAUGCUUCAACGGAAGUACUUGACCGGAGACCAGACCUUGAAAUGCCUCAGUAACCGUAUAAAUUUUUAGCAACUUGUAUCAUGCCAACACUUGGGAAACACAGAAAAAUCUGUGUUCUUUUUAUUUUUUGUUGGUUGUGAAUGUAAAAUGAUUAUUUGUUAAAUAUGUCUUCUAGGCAUAUGCCAUCUUCAGUAGUAAACAUCAUUUGCUCAAGAGAAAUGAUAUUUAUAGUUGCAGAA